UUUGGCGUUGGAGACGAGCCUUUGGCUUGUCCGCAACUAUAAUUGAGGAAAAUCCGGGAAGCGUUAAAGAUUGAAACCCGGCGUUUCUCGACCCCGGUCAGCGCAAAUGGUGUUUACGACGCGUACUUCAUGCAUCGGAGUGUUUAUGUUUUUCUGCCUAGCCAGAGGUAUUUAUACUCAGGUUUAUCGGAAUAUGUCGAGUGUCGCUGGAAUGUAUUCCGCAUCGUUUGUCACGGUGCCGAACGACACGGUGGCCAAGAAAAUAGCUCGCGGCUUGGUUGAGAACAAACUUGCUGCCUGCGUCAAUAUUAUUCCGCAGCUUACUUCCGUAUACGAAUGGGAAGGAAAAGUUCAAGAAGAGCCUGAACUUCUACUGAUGAUUAAAACUAGAACGGAGACAGUAGAUGCUCUGACGGAAUACGUAAAAAGAAAUCAUCCGUAUACAAUAUGCGAAGUAAUUUCGCUGCCUAUACAGAAUGGAAACAUCGAUUACUUGAAUUGGAUCGGUGAAACAGUACCGCCACCGCUUGAUCAAGUCAUCCAAAAGGGUCAAGAUACAGAAAACAACUAGUUAUCGAUCACGACAGUCAUUUAUAUUUUUUUUUCUCUUCAUAAACAUGCAAAUUUACUAGAAUAAAAAUAAAUAACAAAAGAUGACAAAAUAAACACAAUGAUAUAUAGGUGUAUAAUAAUAUAGAUGCAUAGUGAAUAAGUGUAACAGAAUUUCUAGUAUAUGAAAAGAGUAUAUAUAAUUA